CCAACUCUAACCGGCUUCGUGCUGUCUGCAGGCUCAGGCAGGAUGUACAGCUUCAUGGCAGGGGGUCUUUUCUGCGCCUCGGUCGGGAACAUCCUGCUGGUGGUUUGCACGGCCACUGACUAUUGGGUGCAGUACCGGCUCCAGGGGGCCUUGGCCAACCAGGGCCUCUGGCGCUACUGUCUGAUGGGCAAGUGCUACAUGCAGACGGAGAACAUUGCCUACUGGAACGCCACCCGGGCCUUCAUGAUCCUCUCUGCCCUGUCGUGUUUCGCUGGAAUCAUCACGGGGAUCGUGUCCUUCGCCCACCCAUCCACCUUCGAGAGAUUCAACCGGUCGUUCGCUGCCGGGAUAACGUUCUUCGUCUCCACGCUCUUCGUCCUGCUGGCCAUGGCUGUCUACACCGGCGUUACCGUCAACUUCCUGGGCAAGCGGUUCGGGGACUGGCGCUUCUCCUGGUCUUACAUCCUGGGCUGGGUCGCCCUGCUCAUGACCUUCUUCGCAGGGAUAUUUUACAUGUGCGCGUAUCGGAUGCACGGAUGCCAGCGCGUGGCUGAGACGCGUUAAACCCUGCGUGAUGGCGCCGCAGUGAAUCGAUAGACACCUGACUCCUGGGGCGAGUGAUACCUCGCCAUUUCCCACCCCCAGCCUUCCAGCAACCUGCCGCAAUGGGACAUCCCCAUAGAAAACGCCCUUCGUUCGUUUCAUCGGAUUCCAGGCCAGCUUCCUCCUUUGGCACUCGGUGCCGGAUGUAACCAGAGCCAGCCCCCUGCCCCCAAUUGUGUUAGAAUCAAAUCAGACAAAGGGAAGCAUCGAUUACCCCACAUUUUACAGCCUAGGGGAAACUGAGGCACGGCGAGAGGGACUGACCUGCCCAGUGUCACACAGGAACACAGCAGCAGUGCUGGGAAUUGGAACCCAGGUGUCCUGAGUUCCCGGCAGGACCAUCCUUCCUUUAGAACCGGACUUAAAAUAUCAAGCACCUGUGCGGAGUGAACUUGUGCUGUAGCUUUGAUUGAUAAGCAGACGGGCUGUGAAAUUAAAUUGGCCCCUGGAGUUACAACUGCUCAGAAAUUUCUCCCUACCUCCAUGCCCCUCCUGAGUAGCGCGAGCUAAGACUACAUAGCAGCAGGAAGUGUAGUUUUAAAGUUUUGUGUCUUUGGCCAGGCAGCUCUGAUGUUUGCCUUUAACAAAGUUUUAUGCAUUGA